AUGCGGUCGUUAAUCCUUCUUUGUCUGAUUGCUUCGGCUGCUGCCCAAGGAAGCGAAACCGAUUCCAAGGAAACCAACUACAAAAAGUUCAUCGGAGAGCAAGACUAUAAACUUCCGUUCAAGACCCGUGUCAGUGAUCCGAUCGAGGUCGGACAAACGAUUCAUGCCGUCGGAACAUUGACUGACAAGCCAACUCGUGUCGAUUUCAACUUCCACAAAGGACCAUCAAACGAUGCAGAUCUCCCAUUGCAUUUCUCGAUUCGCUUCAAUGAAGGCCUUUUGGGAUCCGGAAAGCUUGUCUACAACACAUUCGAGAGCGGAAACUGGUCGGAGAACGAGCAGCGCGUCAGCAAUCCAUUCAAGCCGGGACAGGAGUUCGACUUGAGAGUCAGAGUUCUCGAGAACAAAUUCCAAGUAUUCGCUAAUCGCUACGAAGUCGGCACGUUCGAGCAAAGACAGAAACUUGAUGGAAUUGACCACAUCUCGAUCCGCGGAGAUCUUUCCAAGUUGCGUCUCUUCCAUUACGGAGGACGAAUCUUCCCGAAUCCAUACAUCGCGCUCGCUGAAUUGACUCCUGGAAAACGCCUUGACAUUUCGGCUCUUCCAAAAGGUAAACGCGUGAACAUCAAUUUGUACCGAGAAAACAAGGAGUACGCGCUCCAAGUGUCGAUCCGAUACAACGAAGGUGCCAUCGUCCGAAAUGCGAUGACCAGCAAUGUUUGGGGAAAAGAGGAGAGAGAAGGAAAAUUCCCGUUGAACAAGAACGAGAUUUUCGAUAUUACCAUCAUCAAUGAGGAAUUCUCAUUCCAAAUCUUCCUCAAUGGAAAGAGAUUCACAACUUUUGCUCAUCGCGGAAGUCCAAGCGACGUUAAGACUUUGGAGAUUGAUGGAGACGUCGAGGUGCAUACUGUCACAAUCAACAAAGCCCCUGGAAUCUAA